AUGGAAUCCUCAAACACCUAGCAAUUCAAGAAUUAAGAAGAAUUCUAAAUUGACACCACAUUAUCAUCUAAUAAUUAUUCAUCUAAGCAUUCAGAGUAGGAGGAAUUUAAUGAGAAUGAUGAGUUUAUCAGACAAAUCAUCGAAGAUGAUAUUGACUUGGAAGAGAAAAUAAGCGCCUUUGACUUGAUUAAUAAAUUCUAGAGAUAUGAGAACUCAUUAAAGAAGUUUAACAUCUCUCCAGAGGAGUUAUUUGAAAAGCUAUCUAUUAAGAAUAAGAACAUGGAUGAUUUCACAUUCCUCAAAAAGUAGUAGUCAGCUGUUGAAGAGCAAAAGAAGAGAGAGGCUUAGCAAUUAAUCUAGGAUAACUACAACGAUGAUGGUGAUACUGUUAAGAUCAGAUACUUUGAUCUUGUGCCUGCUGAAUUGAUAAGUCACAUUUUCACCUUCCUAGAUCAAAGGAGUUUCCUAUAGACUCCAAUGAUUUGCAAAGAAUGGAACAUCAUAUUCAAGAAAAAGUCGACUGGAAAGAUAUUUAAGAGGCAUUGCUUGUAAAUUUGGAAUACUAGACUCUACUAGGGUCAAUCAAAGUAUUUGCAUAAGUUCUAGAACUGGCGUUAGAUGCUGAGAAUGAGGCCCUUCAUUAGAUUUGACGGAUUUUAUGUCUGCAAGAUCAUGUAUAUGCGCUCAGGUCUCAGUGAGAACUCAAUGAACCAUCCAGUUCAUUAAGUAGUCUCAUAUAAAUAUCUGAGGUUCUACCCAGAUGGAACAUGUGUCUCGCUCUACACAAACGCAACUCCAAAGAAGUUUUUGCCUAAGAUAAAGUAAUAGCUUCAGUUCUUGAAUAAGAAUGGAUAAUUUCAAACUCAUUAGAACACAGAGUAUCAAAUGUAUAACUAGAAUGAUAGUCAUCUGAGUAUUUAAUCAGGAAAUUUCAGAAUCCACAAUGAUUACUUGACUCUAUUAUAAAUGAUAGGUGCCACUGAAUAUAGAUAUGAGUUCUAAAUUAUAAGGAACGAGGCUUUGCCAGAGUAUUUAAAAGAUUGUGAUCACUUAGAUAUGUGGUGGGCUGGUUUUAAGAUUGACGAAAAUCAGAUAGUUGACAGUGGUGAUGAUAACAGAAAUUACAUCUAGAUUAAGAUUAACAAUCAUUAUGAUAAUAAGUUCAAGUUCAGGCAAGUUCCAGAUCUUGCUUGA